AUGUGUGACAAUGGCAGCAAUUUUGUUGGUGCCAAACGAGAACUCGACGAGCUUCGCAGAACCUUUUUAUCGCAGCAAUCUCAGCAAUCAAUCUUAUCUGAAGCAGCGGAUUCCGGUCUGGAAUUCCGUUUUAUACCACCAAGAACUCCGAACUUUGGUGGUCUGUGGGAGGCUGAUGUAAAAUCAAUGAAGCAGCACCUGCGAAGAGUCAUUGGUUUGAAAAUCCUAACCCCGGAUGAGUUGCAGACAGUCCUGGCGCAGAUUGAGUCCUGUUUAAACUCGAGACCACUUACGCCGUUGAGUAACGAUCCAUCAGACUUUGAAGCGUUGACGCCCGGGCAUUUCUUGAUACAACGCCCGCUAACCGCUAUACCAGAGCCAGCCCUCCGCGAAGUUCCGGAACCCCGAUUAUCACGAUGGCAACGAGUACAGGAAUGUCUACAGCAUAUCUGGGAUAAAUGGUCUACACAAUAA